AGCAUGGAUACACUUGGAAAUUCAAACUUUAUCUUAAAAUAUAUUGAUUUUGACAAGCUUGGAUAUCAGACCUUACUCUUGGGAGCAUUAAUUUUCUUAAGUUUGGUUUAUUUCAUAUCGAGAAAGAAGCGGAAUCUGCCUCCAGGCCCCUAUGGCGUACCAUAUCUAGGCUACCUUCCUUUCCUUGGAAAGAAACCGCAUGAAACUCUUACGAGGUUGAGCAAAAAGUAUGGAACUGUUUUCAGCUUAAAUCUUGGACACAGUCUCGUAGUAGUUUUGAAUGACUGGGAAGCUGUAAAAGAGGCUUUCAGUAAGUCAGAAACAGCUAAUAGACCCGAAGGUAUUUUCGACAUCAUACCAAGUGGAGUAGGAUUUGGCGGUGUCAAUGGAGCAGAAUGGGGAGAGCAAAGACGUUUUAGUAUGAAAGCCAUGAAAGAUCUCGGCUUCGGACGAACCCGUUGGGAAGAAUUAGUACAGGAAGAACUAAGAGAAGUGGUACAAAUGAUUAAAGAACAUGGUACCAAACCGCUAGAUGUGAGGAAGUUCUUCACUAACACAUUUACGAACAACGUGAUGACUCUGAUGUUUGGUCAACGCUUGCCCAUUGGUCACCCAGAUACCGAUUUAGUGAGCAGGAGUGUGGACGCAAUCAGCAACUCAGUACCAGCUUUAGGUCUGAAUUCAUUUCUUCCUAGACUCAACUUAUUCUUGAUAAAGUUGGGACUCACAACACAGUCUUUCACCUACGAAACUCUAGUACAAUUCAGCGAUUUUAUAAAAAAGACGAUUUCAAAAAUGAAGGACAACAUGAAAGACGGCUCAAAUGACUCAUUCGUCGAUGAAUACAUAAACGAAAUGCGACGAAACGAAGCAAAGAAAAAGGAAACUUUUUUUUCAGACAAGCAUCUUCAUGGCAACACGCAGGCCUUACUCUUCGGAGGCAGUGAAACGAGUAGGUCAACCCUCAUCUACAUCCUGAUAGCAAUGGCUGAACACCAGGAGGUGCAGAAAAGAGUUCAGGAGGAACUGGACAACGUAAUGGGCAAGGAGGGCACCAUGCGGUGGGCAGACAGGAUGACAAUUCCAUACACGUAUGCUACCAUCAUGGAAGCUAUGCGGUGGAGGACACUAGCCUUACUCUUCGGAGGCAGUGAAACGAGUAGGUCAACCCUCAUCUACAUUCUGAUAUCAAUGGCUGAACACCAGGAGGUGCAGAAAAGAGUCCAGGAGGAACUGGACAACGUAAUGGGCAAGGAGGGCACCAUGCGGUGGGCAGACAGGAUGACAAUUCCAUACACGUAUGCUACCAUCAUGGAAGCUAUGCGGUGGAAGACCCUAGUACCAGUCAACUCCAUUAGGCUGGCCAAUGAAGACAUAAAGAUAUCAGGCUUUGACAUUCCUAAAGGAACUUCCAUAAUAUCAAACCAUUGGGCUCUACAUAAUGACCCAAAAUAUUGGAGAGAACCAGAGAAAUUCGUUCCGGAUCGCUUCUUACUAGACGAUGGAAAGCAAGUCAAUUUAAAACCGGACAGUUACGCACCAUUCUCUUAUGGUAAGCGGGCCUGCCCCGGUGAACUGAUUGCGAUGAUGGAAAUCCUUCUCUACUUCACAACUUUGAUGCAAAAAUUCACUGUAGUGCCGGAGGAAGGACAGAAAGUGAAAUACGGUUUGAUGCUUGGCCUCACUUGUCAAGCAACAGACGCCAAAUUGAGGUUUAUUCCACGCGAAUAGUACAUGCAUCUGUAAAAUGAUGAAAUCAACUGAUCCUGAAACCACGCCUGUUUACAUUUUGUUGUUUGUAUUUUUACUAAAACCAAAUACAGUAUCAUUACUCAUAUUUACAUUGGUAAUAAAGCAAAUGGUCAUGUCUAGUGGUUUUCUAGUUAUCUCCAAUACAAACAAACAAGGAAAUUGAUAAAGCCAGUAGC